AUGUAGUAUGGUUCCAAAAGUACAUUUCUCAUCAGGCGAUCCUCUUCUGCCUCGAUGCCACCGGCCAGAGGAGAUGGAUAGGGAAUCGCCAAGGAAAAGGAUUACGCGCCCCCCCCCAGUUAUAUCAACCCUUGGCACGUUAGGCUUGCGGUGAAGCUUUUAUAACCUACAACGCCAGCAACCUCAUUGGGGUAGUCACCCUGAUUUCGCUUCUUCGAAGUCUUCCACAAUUCUAGGCAGUCAAGGAUUUGAUCGACCCUGUUCUAAGGGCCAGCAUACCAUUGUCUCCGUCGUCUCGCUGAAACAACCCCCGCGUUUCCCUUCUAUGUACUGCGUGGAUUCAAUUGGACAGAUUUCAGGCACUCCUAUGGGUCCUUCAACCAAACCAAUCUUGCUGCGUUUGAUGAUUGGCGAUGUGCUUCCUAAAGCCCUUGCAUUAUUCAUGGACGAGAUCAAACUACCCACCUGCCACGUUGUGGCUCUGUCGAAGGGCAGUAUCGUGGCGAUAGGCCUCGCUGUCUACCACCCAAACAAAUUUGCAUCACUUUUCCUUGCGUGGCCGCUAGGGUUAGAGGAGGCAGCAGAUGUAGCUGAUGGCCAGCGCGAAAUAGUACAUAACUGGAAGGACGGUCUCAAGACAGGCCAACCUGACAUGGAGGUCCUAUCUGACGCGGCCUACGGCACCUUGCAACUGGGUUUCAGUAAUAAACUCGAUAGCUUAAUAAGCGCGUGUGUAUAGUGCUCCCUGUUCCGCUUCUUUUAGGCUCGCUGUUAUGACAAUGCCUUGGGCUCUACAAAAGGGUGCACAAGAGAACUUUGACCAACUC